GGGGAAUAAGUGAGUGACACUCAUGACCAGUUGAAGCGUCUGUUGGGUGGGUCUAAACCAGGAUAAUAACCUUCGUCUUCAUUGGGAUUCCAAUACAUUUGACUAGCCAGAGAAAGACAGAUGUCACUGAGGAAGAGGAGGAGGGUGAUGAUGAAACGGACGUGAACACUCUGUGUUGUCAGAGUGUGAGAUGGUCAAGUUUGGUCAGCUGUGCAGCGACAACUCCAGUAACAGGAGGAGGACAGGGGACAGAUGGGGACAAGGACACCACGGCGCAAGCAGAGGAGGCCGUGCGCAUCAGGGUCUGGACAUUGUGUGUAAUGAUGGGGCCACAGUGUACGCUCCAUUUGACGUGAAACUCAACGGGAAAGUGAUCGUGUACACAGACCCGAAGAAGGCAGCCAUCAACGAUGGGAUCAACCUCAGUGGAGAAGGUCUGUGCUUUAAGCUGUUCUACGUAAAGCCUGACAAGUACUCUGGGGUGGUGAAGAAGGGCCAGAGGAUUGGGACCAUGCUGACCAUGCAAAGUGUCUACCCAGGGAUCACUUCUCACGUCCACGUCCAGAUGUGUGACAAGUCUGACCCCACCAAGUUCUUCUAAUGGAGUCCCUUUUGACCUCUCAAUCAACCAAUAACAUGAUUGUAAUCAUUGGCCAAUAGAUGGGCUUACUGUGUUUAAAAAUAAUAAUUUGCUUAUUAUUAUAAACAUUUUUAUUACAGUAUAAAAUCCAUGCAUGCUGCACAUUUCUGGAAUAAAGUUUUACAUGAACCCUAUAA